UCGGAGGGGGGCAGGAAAGCGGAGACCGGAGCGUUCAGGGGGGGAAACUAAAAGCUGUCAAAGGGGACUCCACCUUCAUCGAAGUGAGGAAUGGAAUGCUCCAGGAACUCGCUCCUCAUCCAGACGCUCAAACAAAAACUUUCCAACUUUCGUGUUGUCUGGAAAAAUGGAAACUUUCUGAUAGAGUAAAGCAACGGCUAGUUAGAGUUGAUCAACCGUCAAAUAAAACAUGGCGUCCGAGGUGGAAUUAAACGGGAGCGAACUUUUGGAAGUUGACAUAUGCGACGCCGGCGUGUACUCCGGGGACGAGAGCGGCGUUUUCGUCAACUCCGCCGCCUCCCCGCAGGACGACUUCUCCGGGUUCCGCCAGUGGACGAGCCCCGCCGAGUCACCGGACGACACGGCGUCAUCACCUCCGGGACGACGGCGGCAGGUCCCCGCCGGCGACCCCGGAGCUCCGCGGGCCGGCGCGGCCGGGGACCGUGACUCCGGGUACCCGCGGGAUGGAGUCAAGUCCCAGAGGUCCUCCAUCGUGGACUGUCUCCUGGUGGAGCUUUAUGAGACGUGCGGUGGAGGCGGCAGGAGGAACCUGGACAGCUGGGACAGCUCCACCGAGGCGUCCGGCUCGGACGCCUUCCUGGGCCGCAGCAACUCCGGGUCCGGGUUCCUCCAGGAGCUCCAGGAGAAGCACACCAGGAGGCAUCAGAUGAACUACCUGGCCCAGAAAGCCCCGGCGGAACUGCACUCGAUCAUCCAGGAGGUCAAAUAUCGCACGAGCCUGCAGUCCACCAAGCUGCUCCGCCAGCUGAGGAGACGCGACCGACUGUGCCACAAACUGCAAAGGAGCUACGACGUCAUCACGGCGUGCCUGCAGGCCGUCUCGCAGAAACGACGAGUUGACACGAGGCUGAAGUUUACCAUCGAACCCUCGCUGGGGAAGAAUGGAUUCCAGCAGUGGUACGACGCCCUGAAAGCGGUGGCCAGACUCCCCACUGGGAUACCCAAGGAAUGGAGGAAGAGGGUUUGGCUAACGCUAGCUGACCAGUACCUCCACAAUAUCUCCAUCGACUGGGACAAGACGCUUCGCUUCGCCUUCAACGAGCGCAGCAACCCGGACGAUGACUCGCUCGGCAUCCAAAUCGUCAAGGACCUGCACAGGACGGGCUGCAGCUCCUACUGCGGCCAGGAGGGGGAGCAGGACAGGGUGGUGCUGAAGAGGGUGCUGCUGGCGUACGCCCGCUGGAAUAAAAGCGUGGGCUACUGCCAGGGAUUCAACGUCCUGGCUGCGCUCAUUCUGGAGGUGACGGAGGGACACGAGAGCGAUGCACUAAAGGUGAUGAUCUAUCUGAUUGACAAAGUGCUGCCCGAGAGUUAUUUUGCCAAUAACCUGCGAGCAUUGUCAGUGGACAUGGCCGUGUUCAGAGACCUGCUGCGCCUGAAGCUGCCCCGGCUGUCCCAGCACCUCCACCACCUUCAGAAAGCUGCCAACAGAGAGGCCGGAGGCAGCUACGAGCCUCCGCUGACCAACGUGUUCACCAUGCAGUGGUUCCUCACCAUGUUCGCCACCUGCCUGCCGGCGCCCACCGUGCUGAAGAUCUGGGACUCGGUCUUCUUCGAGGGUUCGGAGGUGGUGUUUCGCGUCGCCCUCGCCAUCUGGGAGAGACUGGGCGAGAGGAUCGAGUACUGUCACACGGCGGACGAGUUCUACAGCACGAUGGGUUGCCUCACUCAGGAGAUGCUGGAGCACGACCUCAUCGACCCUCCUGAACUCAUGCAGGAGGUCUACUCCAUGGCAGUGUUUCCUUUCCCUCAACUGGCGGAGCUGAGAGAGAAGUACACCUACAACAUCACCCCCUUCCCCACCUCCGUCAAAUCCACCGCAAGUGGCGUUCUGGGCAGCUGGGAGAGCGACGACGAUGCCGAGAUGGACGAUGAGGACUCGGUGGUGACGGCGCUCGGUUGCUUGGGUCCCCUGGGGGGCCUUCUGGCCCCGGAGCUGCAGAGGUACCACAAACAUCUCAAAGAAAUGAUAUGAUCCAAGGUAAAUGUCUACUGUAAGACGCCUCUGCUGUCUGGUGGUGGAGCUGUUAGCAGCUUCUCAUGAAACGACUGCUUUCAUGUGACUUUUUUUCUGUCUCCUUCCUUAACCCCCCCCCCCCCCCCCAAAAUCUCAGACAAGUGUCCGGCCACCCGCGUCUUGCCCUCCCAACUCAACCCGUCCGGCACCGUAAUGAACCACCUCCUCCUGGGUCGGAAACCACGCGCGGACCCCCGGGGCUCCACGCCCGCGUCCCCGCCGGCGUCUGUGUCCCAGAGUCAGGCCUCUCCCCCCAGGCAGCGUUGUGGCUCGCUGCUCUCCAGCAGCACAGGAUCCCCGGGGAGCUUGGGAGGAGGCGGGUCGCCGUGGCGAGCUCACGUCCGUAUUCAUCGAAGGAAUAUAGCCACCCGAGCCCAGCUGGGCUUUGGAGAUUCAGAGGAAAGGGACGCGGAUGAGGAGGAGGGGAAGGAGGAAAGCUGUUUUGAGGGCGAAGAGGAGAUGAAGAUCGAGGAGAACGAGAGGGAUGAGGAGGUGCCGAAAGAAGGGAGUGCUUCACCUCCCGUUGUGUCUAGUGAAGGGCCGGUGGACGAGGAGGAUCCACAUGUGGAAAAUGACACGGCAGAAGUUGCAGAGGUGGUGGUGCGACUGGACUCUCUGGAUCUGAAGGACGCUUCUAGUCUGACCUCUCCAUCAGCCCAGAUGCACGAGCAGAGUUCUGAACCUGCAGUCCUCCUCCUUCUCCCCCCCGCACCGUCCUCCAACAGACACAGAGAGUGCGAUUCCUCAGGUUCUGAAAUAAGCACCGCCUCUGACGGACGCUUCCCUGCCACUUUACCUCCACCCCAGCACUCCGUCAACUCCACUCCCUCCACUCUGAGCCCGUCCCCCUCUCCGGUCCCCACGUUGGCCUCUCUCGGCCCAUCCGGCUCAUCCACUCCAACACCUCCCUGCACGCCGACGCUGAACUCCACCCCCGCCUCUCCUCUCACUCCUUCCCCCUCCACCCCCUCACUGUCCUCUAUCGCCUCCUCGUCCAGGUCACGCUUAUCCUCCUCCCCGUCGACCCCGGCGCUGUCGGGCUCCUCCGUGCCCAAGCAGCCGGUCUUCUCCCCGUUUCCCAGCGUGAAGCAGCCAGGAGAUCGGCUGGCAGCGCGAAAUCUCGGCCUCUACGGCCCCACGUCCAGGACACCCACGGUGCUCUUCCCCCAGCUCAGCCGCAGCCUCAGCCGCAGCAGUGCCGCGGGCGUCACGGGGAGCCGGUGAAGACCUCCUCGCUCUCAGAAACUGAAGCCACAAACACACAGUCGUUACGUGAUAUGAAAAAUCAUUCUAUGACUACGCCGUGUUGCCUCGUGCAUAUCAAUAAAAUGACCCACAUCCUAUUCAAAGAAGCCUGAAAGUUUGUAAUUCAUCGAUGUUGACGUGUGAAGAUUGUGUUUAACUUGGUAAAAGGCUCAGCCUGAAAUUCUCAUGCCAUUACAGACCAUUAAUUGGUAAGGAAAGCUCAUGUUUAUUGUUUAUACCGCGUUGAUGAUGUAAGGAACACACAACUCCUAACAGUGUGCCUAUGCAGGUUUUUCUUUACUAUAAUGGACACAAUGCUGACACAAAAGAUAAGAC